AUGAAAGUGAUCAUUGUCGGCAGUGGGCUGGCAGGGCCUGUUGCGGCCCUCGCUCUACAGCGGCUCAAUAUAGCCAGCAAGAUUUUCGAGCUGCGCUCCGGGACGGCGUUCGAAGGUGGCAAUAUCGCCCUCGCCCCGAAUGCACUCCGUGUUCUGGACCAGCUCGGGGUUCAGAAAAGAUACGGAUACAAAGCUCUCAGGAUUUCCCGAGGCAUUGUUCGGCAGACACUUCUGGAAGCUGUUCAUGAACGAGGCAUCGAGCUCCGCUACAAUUCCAGAUUAGUUGACGUGCGAGAGACCGCCCAAUCCACCGUCAUCGCAACCUUUGCCGAUGGGCAUAUUGAAGAGGCCGACUUUCUGAUCGGGGCCGAUGGUAUUCACUCCCGUGUGCGGACUUACCUCGACCCCACCAGCAUCCCCAGAUUCAGUGGCCAAAUGGGUGUCGGCGGGACUCUUCCACUGUCGAAACUGCCAGAAUCGUACAGGGAUAUGUACAUGCCGUGUUUAAUCCUUGGGAAGCUCAAUUCACUCUUGCUUAUGCCGUGUACCAAUUCUGGAGAUAGAGUCGGUGUGGCGGCGACAGUCGAGGCCCAGGAUCGAACACGUGAGGGUUGGGCCCAGCUUCAAAACGACAAAGAAGGAAUCUACACUGAGUUGCAAUCGCACCAUGAGAAUGACAGUUGGCCGGAAGUCGUUCAUGUUGCUUGUAGAGACAUCGAACCAUCGUCCCUCUCAAUCUGGCCAUUCUUCCAGCUGCCUGAACUGGACUCCUGGACCAGCCACUCUAACAAAGUCAUCGUCAUUGGUGAUGCGGCGCACGCCAUGCCACCGACCGGCGGGCAAGGAGCCGCAAUGGCCUUUGAAGAUGCCAUCACUCUAGCCGACACCCUUGCACUGAUCGACGGCAAGGACGAAGAUCCCGCGGAGUCUGUGAAACAGUGGCAGACGGACAGGCGAGAACGUACCAAGAAGAUCCUUCAGUUUACUUCGACCGGGGGUAACAUGAGAAAAUCAUCGGUCAGCACAUACAAACAGAUCAUCAAGGAAUGGGUGAUGUGGGCUUAUUUCUUGUGGGUCGGCAAGGAGGCUAGAACCUCCUGGAUCUAUGAGUAUGAGACGAAGAGAGCCGUGCCGUGA